CAGAAAAAUCUCCCACAAUCUUUUUGGCGCUGCGUAAGAAAUUUCUUCGGCUCAAAAAAUCCAAAAUCCUUUCGAAAAUUCAGCCAUGACCAUCUCCUAUCUCCUCUCGCCAUUGACGCCGCCCUGCAAGCCGUUCCUCGCCUACCCCCAUCUCGGGCACCCGCCGCCCACCGCCGCCCUCGCCUCGGCAAGGCCACGGCGGCCCGUCGCCGUCCGGUCCAAGAACGGCGACUCCGCCGACGCGCCCGACCGGCUGAUCUCCGCCGUCUGCUACUUCUACCCUUUCUUCGACGGCGUCCAGUACGGCAAGUACGUCAUCAACCAGUUCGCCCCGCUUCAGUCCCUCGUCCAGCCCCUCGUCCCGGCCAUCAGGGUGUUCAAGGGCUUCCCUCUGAACGGGUUCUUGGUGUUCUUGACGCUCUACUUCGUGGUGGUGCGGAACCCCAACUUCAGCCGCUACGUCAGGUUCAACACCAUGCAGGCGAUUGUGCUCGAUGUGUUGCUGAUUUUCCCCGACUUGCUGGAGAGGAGCUUCAACCCGCGGGAUGGGUUGGGGUUGGACUUGAUGAUGAGCUUGGACAGCACUGUGUUCUUGUUCCUCCUCGUUUGCUUGAUUUAUGGGUCGUCCUCUUGCUUGCUGGGCCAGAUUCCGAGAUUGCCCAUUGUUGCCGAGGCUGCCGAGAGGCAAGUUCUUUGAAGAUUUGGUCGAUUAAUUAUCGAUGAUUAUUUUACGCCCCAAUUGUAAUUUGCGCGAUACAUUUCGUGAUGGUGUUGUGUAUUAGUUUACUGAGUUACUUGUUCCUGAUAGGAAGAAGCUCAUACAGCUGAAUUUUGUGAUUGCUUGUCUGAUAUGAAAUAGAUAGCGCAAUUCGAGCCCGGGUAACCAUUUUUUGACUCGUUCUCAUAGUUAUCUUAUCUGAUGUAGUUGCAAAGUUAAAUACAGAAUUUUGGAAUGUUCAAUCAAGUCUCCAAUCUAUUUAGCUGAA